AUGUUCUGCGGCAGAGAAGCGCCGCCAGGGCGGAGGCGAGCGGACGAGACGGAGCUCACCGCGCCGGCGGUACCCCGGGGCGGCCCGGCCCGGCCCCCCGGCCCCAGCGCUGGCCGAGCGGGGCCGCGCCGGGCCAUGGCGGAGAGGGGCUGCCCCCGUGCCGCGCGGGGAGAACGUGCCGGGGCGGGCAGGCGCGCCGUACCCGCACCAGAGGCAGAGGGGCCGCGGGGAAGCCGCACCGUGCCGGGGUCGCUGGAGCGCCGCCGCUGCCUGUACCUGCACACAGGCCGGGGUGAGCGCGGCCGGCGGGAGCCGCUCCCUCUGUCCUGCGGAGCGCCGGCUGGCCCGGCUCCCUCCCGGGCGCUCCUCUGCGGCCGCAGACUCAUCUCGGCCUCCCCUCCAGCCUUCUGCCAGAUGGUGGAGGUCCUGCUCGCCGUCCUGAUCCUGGUCUGCAGCUCCGUGUCCUGUGGCUCGGCGGGAGGAUACACCGGCCUCCCCGCCCUGGGGGGCAUCUACUACUACCAGUACGGCGGGGCCUACAGCGGCUUCGGCGGAGCGGAGGGGGAGCGAGCCCAGCAGCUUGACCAACAUUUCUACCUACUGAAGCUGCCCAUUGCAAGGGCAGCGAUGGGCGUGGCAGGGUGUCUCCUGGUCUUCCCUUGUGUUCUAAUUUUGGUUGGUGUUCUGCAGGUCCCGUGGCACUUCCCAGCAUGGCUGCUAAUUGAAUGCACCUUGUACAUUGUGAUUGCAGUUAGCACAGUGCCUGCUCUGUACUAUUUCCUCCAGUCUCUGCUGAGCGUUUAUCAUUCAUCAGUGUGCAAAGAGAGAGAGCAGCUUUAUCAGAGCAAAGGCUAUCAGGGCUUCUGGUGCAGCCUGCAUGGGGCAGAGAUUGCUGCUGGCCUAUUGGGCUGCAUGACUGCCAUGGCAUACCUGCUCAGUGCAGGCCUAGCUGUCAGAGAUUAUAGGACAGUUCAUGAACAGAAACAGAAGCCACUGCAAUUAUAAGAACUUUCAAAUGAUUCUUCCACUCCAGUAGUAGUCUUGAUUUUUGCCAGUCUUACUGAGAUGAGGCAGUAUGCUUUCCUUUCUUCUGGACAGUACAGCCUUAAUGCUACAGAGCACUCACCAAGGUAGCAUAGCUCUAAAUAUGGUAGAGUCAGGUUACCCCAGCUUGAAUUUGCAUUAUUGAGUUAUUAGUGGCUCAAAGCUGAUGCAAUGGAUUGUCUCUGCUUCACAGGCAGCCCUUCCAUCCCACUCUCAGGUGCCCUCUUCUCCAGUGAGGCCUUGCUACAAGUACUGCCACUACAUGCUUUUGUCAAGCUGAAACAGCUUUUUGUAGCUGAAACUGUCUUUACAAAAGGCAUGUGACUCCGCUGAGAAAAGAGCUCUUAAAAACAAGUGACUGAGGCCCAUGGUUGUGACAAUUAAAUACUGCUUCCUUGUAGGUUUCUUGGAAUUAACAGACCACUGUGAACAUGACAUUUACAAAGCCAUGAAAACAUCCUGAAAAAACCUCUCAAACUCAGUCAAACUUGUGAUAAAAUGCCUUUUCAAACUCCUGGAGAGGGUGCAUUUAUGUAUGAAAUGGUCUUUUCUAUAUGACUUCUAUACAAGAGUUUUGCUUAAAAAGAUGUCCUGGAUUGGGAUAAUCAGGCAAAAGCUUUAUGAGAUCAAACGGGUGAUUGAAUAGAGAAGUAUAUUAUUUUCAAAAUACAUUAUCAGUGUACAAGUUGGAGAAAUUAGAUGCUGCUCUUAAUUUUUUUUUUAGAAAAACUUAUAGGAAAUUUAACUGGGAAAAGUAGCACUAGAAACACCAACUCAUGUCUUAAAAUAAAAUGCCACUUCAGAGCAGUGUCCGCUGUGUGCAUUGUUCAUAUGAGGAUGGAACCACUGUAGUUUCACAGAUGAGUUCUACCCAUGUUAAAAAAAACCUAAACAUACUAGAAACAUGCUUUGCCUUGGACAUAGCUCUUCUUUCACUGGCACCAGUGACCAAAUCCUCACAAUUACCAAAACCAUGGAACACUAUGAGAACUAGAGACACUAAAGUAAAACA